AUGCAGUCCUACAUUGGUGUGUUGGCACGGUCCAGAGUCCCAAUUGUGGACAAGAAAUGGACUAAAAUCCCCAAGGAUAUAAAAGACCAAAUUUGGGAAGCCGUUGACAUGGCCUAUGUGGUAGGGCAAGGGGGUAAAAAAAUGGUGUUAUCAUCUGCUGGCAAGAAAUGGAAGGAUUUUAAGUCUACAUUAACAAGACAUCAUAUCCUUCCAUUCAUCAAUGAGAAGGAGAAGUUAAGACAACCCACUGAAUUAUAUUAA